CUCCACAAGCACGCGGGAGGCCGUGCUUGCGACCAAGGAUGCGGAGAUGGGCGGCCCACCCUGGAUUGCCCUCGAGCUAGACUCUUUCGGGUCCCCUCUGCAUCACACGCCCGUGCACCAGGCGCACUCCAACCUCCAGCUCUCUCCGGGCCUCGCGAGCCACGGGCGAACCAACAAUAGCCUCACUGGGCUUACGACACCCCCCGCCCGCCGCUCGUCUCUGCUCACGUACACAUCUUGCCCGGGGUGGUCUCCUUGGCCACCGGGGAUACCAUCUUCCCCACGGAAAAUCCGCCUGCAUCUGCCAUUGGGGGGUUUCGCCCGGGCAGUCUCGCGGACCGCCUUGCGUCGCCAUCGAGCCCGCGGUCCCGAGACUAGACUGGUGUUUGCCAGCAGGUGCUACAAGCCGGCCAGCAUGCCAAGCCAACAAGGCGAGCAGAAUCUGCCUUAUCCAACAGUGUCCUCACAUCGGGCUUUCGGCGAAGCAGCAUGUCGUGGGCUUCUUGUGCACGAGUCUCUUGCAGCAUUAGAUUGGCUGACCGAGAGAAUAAUCACUGUAGUCCAGCGACUAAGGGCCCGGGUGUUCCAGCUAUUGACGACUAGCAUCAUCGGCUCGGCCGCACCCGUGCGGGGCUUGGCCCAGGCAUAUGUGCAAUGCUCACGAACAGUUCGGGCGUAUCGCGUGUCUGGACCAACCGUAUCUCGUAGCCUGUCCAGGGCAGGGGUCUCUCCUACUGUUGAGAUGCGAUAGCUUGUGGCCUUCUCCACGGCCCAAGCCCUCGACGAGGUUUUGUGUAACCGUCAGAGACCAGCAAGUCGCAGCCCUGUCUUGUUGGUGUUUCCGGCGAGGCUCAAGCUGAAGCUAUGCAAGAAACAUGACGAGCAAAGCACCAGCGAGGCGCACAUAGCCAUCACACACCCUGGUUGAAGGCUUCACCUGCGACAUUCAUGUCGGGUCG